CAACUCUAAUUAGCAGUAUUCUCAAUUCCCAAAUCAAGGCCAAUCGGAUCGAGAAAAACGAUCCUUCGUCGCUGUUGGUUGUUUGGUGAGCUGGAGUCGUCUCUAGAAGCUACAGCUGCAUCAAAAUAACUAGCUAAGAAAGGAGUUCUUUGUUCAUUGGGUACACAGCUGCUAAAAGGUUAUCAUCAUGUUUGCAACUGCAAUAAGAUAUAUGGCAAAGAAACCAAAACCGAAGAUGAAACCGAUAGAACUCAAAACUCCUCCAGAGCAAACGCAAACACUCACAAGGGUGAUUUUCGACAUCUUGAAGGAACAUGGUCCUCUAACCAUCGCCAAUACAUGGGAGCAUGUUAAGGACGUUGGGUUAAAAGGACUUGAUAGCAAGAGGCACAUGAAAAUGGUUAUGAGAUGGAUGAGGGAGCGGCAAAAGCUAAGGCAAAUAUGUAACCAUGUCGGGCCUCACAAGCAAUUUCUAUACACGACAUGGUUCACUAAACCUGUUGUGAAGCAGACGAGGCCUAGAACUGAUGAUGCUUCAAGGUCGAAACCAUAAAUGUUUUUGGCUAAGAUAAUUAUUUGAUUCUAAUCAUGAGAUUAUUUGGUUUUGUUAAAAAUGUUUACGACACAUCUGUACUCUGUAAAUACUUGCCAAGAGCUCGGAUAAAUUUGUUUUUGCGACAUGAUAUUAUUACUUGCAAUGUGA